UUUGGGUAUUAUGUUCAGGAUGACGACCCCAAUUCUUGUUAUGGUCUGAAGCAAAAGUUGUAUAAGCACUGGUUAGAUGUCUAUAACAGAUCUGGAGGGAAUGAUUUUCAUUCAUCUAGACAAAGAUUAUUCUUCUCCCUGUUCAACAACUAUCGGGAUAUAUUGCAUUGCAACAAAAAACCCUUUUAUCACAGAGGCUCUGAAGAAGACUCAAAUGUCAUGGAUGCAUACAUUAUGCAGUGUCUGAAUCAUAUCUUCAAAACUAGAGAUCUUGUAACGAAGAAUGAUGCAAAAGUGUCCAAGCUUCGAGAAACUGCUUGUAAUGAAAUUCUUACUGAUGAUAGUUUCCUUGAUCAUGGAUUUACUCGUCCUAAGGUUUUGAUCCUAUUGCCAAUGGCAAGCAUUGCACUCCAUGUUGUUAAGAGGCUAAUACAACUUACUCCUUCAGCUCACAAGGUCAAUGUGGAGCACAUGGAUCGAUUUUCUAGAGAGUUUGGAACUGAUGACAACGAGGACGAAAAAGAGAUAACACCAGAGGACGAAAAAGAGAUAACACCAGCUGGCCAGGACCUGGAAAUUGUAAGACCUCGUAAGUCAUCAAAGCCUAGUGAUUUUCAAGUACUUUUUGGAGGAAAUAGCAAGGAUGACUUCAUGGUUGGCAUCAAGUUCACUAAGAGGAGCAUAAAGUUGUACAGUGAUUUCUAUACCUCAGAUAUCAUAGUUGCUUCUUCAGUUGGUUUGUUGAAAAAAAUUGAUGAGGCUAAAUUAAACAAAGAAAAGGAUGUCGAUUAUCUUUCUUCCAUAGAGGUUCUAGUUAUUGAUCAUGCAGAUGUUGUAACGAUGCAGAACUGGGACUUUUUGAAGUCUGCUGUUGAACAGUUGAACCGCAUACCAUCUAAACAGCAUGGGACUGAUGUCAUGCGGAUAAGACCGUGGUACCUGGAUGGAUAUGCACAUUUCUAUAGGCAAACAAUACUCUUGAGUUAUUAUUCAAAUCCGGAUAUUAACAAUUUGUUCAGCAAGCAGUGUAAUAAUUACCAUGGGAAGGUGAAGCUGGUACAUGAACAUGAAGGAAUUCUUCCUAAAGUGAUACUUCAAGUCCGCCAGAUUUAUCAGCGGUUUGAUGCAGAUUCGAUACAACAUAUUGAUGAUGCUCGUUUUGAAUAUUUUACUAUGAAGGUCUUCCCAAAGGUAAAAAGUUUCGUUCAGGGUGGGAUUAUGAUAUUUAUCAGUUCUUACUUUGAAUAUGUUCGAGUUCGGAACUUUUUGAAGUCACAGAGUGCGUCCUUCUGUUUACUUCAUGAAUAUGCAGAGCAAAGUGAUAUUUCUUGUGCACGGGUUUGGUUCUUUGAAGGAAAGCAGAAGAUAAUGCUUUACACUGAGAGAUCACAUUUUUACCACAGAUAUAAGAUUCGUGGCAUUCAGAAUUUAAUCCUAUAUUCUCUGCCUGAGAGAAAGGAAUUUUACCCUGAGGUUGUUAAUAUGCUUGAUGGGUCCAAUGACAUGGCAUGCACGGUGCUCUUUUCUCAAUUUGACCUCCUUCGGCUCGAGAGAAUUGUAGGAUUGGCUUCAGCGAAGAGAAUGUUGACAUCGAAAAUGAAAAUGUUUUCUUUCUCUUGAAGACUUUAGAAAUGCGGAACAUGAGAUGAGACAUAGCUGUGACUUCAGUUUAGCAACUCUUGCUCAAAGAAAGAUAACUAUGCUGGUUUUCAAGACCGGAGCUAUCACCACGCGGCCAAGGUCAUUUUGAUUUUGUUUUUACCCCAUGUUAACAUUUUGUUCCACCCAAUAGUGUUCAAAGAAAUCGUGCAUCGUACUUUUUUUCUUCUUCUUGCCUCUGCUUUUGAAGCUUUAGGACAGGUUGAUAUGUGUAGGUUGUACUAGGAAUCAUUUUUGACAAUGAGCAAUUGGGAAUUUCGGAUUUUGUUUUCAA